GGCGCUGCAGUUUUCUUCAAAUUCAAAGUUUUUCACCUCCAUCUCUCUGCGCGUUCAGUCACUGAGAAACACGCUGCCGAUGAAAACCAACGCGCUGCUCCACUGGUCUAACCACGGGGCGCGCUCCCACGCAGGAACAUUCCUCUUCUAGUCCUCCAGCCGCUCAUUAAGUGUUUUUUUCUUUCUUUCAUUUUCUUUCCCCCCCCUCUUUCUGUUGCAACAUGAGCGCUGAAUGCAGCAGUUACUACAGCGCUGACGGGGUGUUCGUGGACUCCUUCUCCUGUCCUAAACCAGGGAAUGCUGCCGCUGCCAUCUACUGUUGUGGAUUUAACGAUAUUAAAUAUUGCUGUGAUGAUGCAAACAGUUUUUUCCCGUAUGAGUACGGGUACAUGUGGUGGCUCAGUAUCGGUGCUCUGGUCGGUCUGUCUAUAGCAGCGGUCGUCCUCCUUGCUUUCCUCAUCACUGUGUGUGUCCUCUGCUACCUCUUUAUCGUCACCAAACCCACUCGUCGUCUUGACAACGGCCUACCCCUAAGAGCGCCAGGAGAUCCCAGUGAGGGGCCGAGUCAUGUGAGGGUGCCCUGCGCCGCUGCUCCACAAAGAUUCAAAAAUCCCUUUGUGAACAGGAAGGUGGAUUGUGACAAUCAGUCGCCAGACCCAGAGCACCUUUUCCAGAGGUGUUUUACACCCACAGUCACUGGAGUGAAAGUGGAAAGUCCUUCAUAAAUUACUCUUUUUUUUUUUUUUUAAAUAUAAGGACAGCAGCACUCUGUCAAUAAGGCAAAUCAAUGAGGAAACAGCCUUGUGGUACAAGUGGACAACUAUGAAUGAGAGGAAAGUAACUGAUACAGUGUGAGCGGUGGCUGAAAGGAGUAUAUACUGAGUAACACAACUUUAGACCAGUAGUAAGAAGCACGCGCUCAGAAGGCUGUGACGUUUCUUGCCUUGUUGACAUUUUUCAUGCAUUAAAGUCGUCUUUCCUCGUGGCCUCGUCACGGGUGGAAAUUACUUAUCCUCCAUCUUUUUGGAAACUAAUGCAUAAAUUUGGCUUUCUGAAAGCCAAAGAUUCAUUUGAACACAUGAAUCAUUGAGUCAUAUGCAGUUUACAGUGAGGACAUACAGUUUUAGGCACAUUUAUGUGCUGAAGAUGUUGCAUUUGGGUAAGAGAAAGCCAAGCUAGUGUUUUAAGUCGGGAGGCACUCUGAUUUGAAUCUGCGACAUUUUACUCAGGGACUGAAGGAUUUGUGGGAGUGAAACGUUCCCAGCACAACACAGAACUGCACCAUCAGUUGACUUUUCAGAUCUUUAAAGUGGCUUAUGUUUACAUUCUCUGGACAAGCAACCUCAAGUAAAACCCUUUGUGAUGGCUGGAGGCGGGCUUGGAUUGUUGGGUAUCUCUUAUUCUGACACUGGAGUUUGUGGUUUAUAUUCUGUGUCCUGCUGGCAGUCCGGUACAGGUUUCUUAUAACCACAGUCAUCAUGUUUCUCUAACAUAACCAAUAAGGAUUCUGCUGAAUCAGUUAACAUGAAGGAGUCUGAUGGCAGCGUAAUUCUCACAGAUUUUAAAGUUAAAAUCGCAUCACUGUAUACCUGAAUCACUUUUAAAGGAUACCAUUGUUAUUCAUUAUUAUUGUGAAGAAUGAACCAGUCAACGUAUGCUGUGCGCUGUACAGUCUCACAUAAACAAAACCUCUUCUAUUGCAUAAAAUCUGGGAGGCAGAAGAGGAUCUAACACAGACGGUACUCUGAUUAAAAAAGCUGAACCUGAAUGGAAUAGCGAGGUGCUACAUCAGUGAAUCACAUGCAAGCACACAUUCCUGGGGGAGUACAUUUCCACUAAUAAACUGUGAUCAUUAUGGCAUAAGAUCUAUUAACUGGUGAUGGCAACAAAUGUUUAGAAUGUAAAAUUUUGUCUGAGUACUGUUAAGCGCUGUCCAGUGUUUUGGCACAUUAAAAGCCUUCAAAUUCAUGCAUCUGCUACUGAAAUGGCACUUUGCAGCUGUAUUUAAUGGAUGACAUUAAGCCGAAUGUUCCCCCAGUACUGGCUCAUGUGGUUCGGAAACCUAAAAUAUAGGAUGAAUAGAUAGGUGUUUCUGGAAAGAAGCAUGCAUUUUAUUGUAAGAGUGUCCUCUAGUGGCCAUAGUAAUAAUGACUAAGAAGAGGAGGAGGUCAGGGUGGAUGGAUGGGUUGCCAUAAUGCUGUACUUUCAAAUGGUCCUAAGCAGUGUUGGGGUUGUUAUGCAUUUAAAAAAGAGAAAAAAAGAAAAGAAUGUAUUACACAUUACUCGUUACUUUUCUUAAAAGUAAUGCAGUAUGUUACUCAAUUACUCGUCAGAAAAAGUAAUUAACUACACUACUUGUUAUAUUACUUUCUUGUCACAUUGUAACGUAACCUGAAACACACUGUCACAUAAUCACCAACAAUAUAACAACGUAAACCUGAGGCUACACUUUAGUAGCAUUCUGGGUUCUUGGCUAGCUUUGUGUUAACAUGCUGUCCGUGCAGAUGCCUACAAAGAGCCGAAGCUGUGUUAGCAACUGUUAUGGAUGCAGUUUGCACUUUACCAUCGCACUCUUGUCCCUUUGUACAACCCCCCCCCCAAAAAACAAAAACUGUGAAACUGAAAAAUUCAAUGUGAUUACAGUAACAUGCUACAAUGGAAGAGGUCUGCUUUAACCUAAUGCCAUUUUCCCCUCAUACACCUUACCAAGCUUUUUUCGUGCCUAAAUCUAACCAAACCGAGGUGAAAAACAUCUGUGAUCAAAGGUGGAAGUUUUUCCAGGACAAAAUCAAAGCUUUCUGACCACCGUGCCAUUUAGUCAAGAACAAUUUGUUAGUCUUUUUUAUGUAUACAAAGGUUUUAUUGUUAGGACAUCUCAAGCAAGAUGGUGCAGACAGCAAGCCCUAUACAAACACAGUCAACUUUGAUGAGUUUCAGCUUCGCUUAUCAUGUUGGCUUUCAAGCUUUUGUGUGAUGAGUCCUGGUCGGUUUUCACUGUUAUUGUAGAAGCUGCUGUUUUGUGAACUCACUAGAAGGCUGUGCUUAGUAUGUUCUGGAUAAUCAAACCUUUCAAGUGCACUUGCUUUUUGUUUUUUGUUUUUUUGUUGAUGAUCUGAAUGUUGAUGCGAAAUGAAUGCAAAACGUCCGAUAUCUGUGCUUUGAUUGUUCAUGUUUUAAUUUGGUUACCGAGCUCCGUUAACCAAAUUAAAAUUCCUGUUUCAACACUGUGCCAUUUUCUCUGUUAAAACGUGGUCUAAACGUAAAAAAGAAUUUAAAAAGCCUCCUUUAAGAAUUUUUGUGUUUUGCUAGCAUGUGAGUGUGAGCUCUGUUAUUUAACAUUAAUUUACAUUUGAUGAAAGAGGAAAACGAGAUGUUUACUAAGUUUCAUCCAUAUUUGUUUGACUAGAAUGGCUUUCAAAUGCUUCACUUGAAUGUACACAUUCACACUAUUCUUCAAAGAGCAUCAGUAAAACCUGAAUGAAAGUACAUCACAUCAUAUGUCAUGCAGACGUGGUGCCUGAUCAACUGCAAUGUGAAUACUAUUUAAGUGCACAACAUGGAAAUUAUUUAUCUUAAAAAUAACACCACUCCUUGCGCUCUUAUUCUCUUUUCAUUUUCUUUGGGUGAUCAUAAGGUUUCUUAGCACAAACAUGCUUUUCAAAGAAAUACUUAAAGUUAAUGUUUGUUGUUUUUCUAUUAAAUGUGUUCAGCUGAGCGACUGAUGAUGAUGAAGCCUUUGUCUGGCUCACUUUCUAUAUUGCAGGCUGCUUUGGUGGUUGAAGAAAUUAAGAGACACAGAUUAGAACGGUCAGUGAGACUCCGAGUUAGACAGAUUUGUUACUGGCUCUCAGUUCUUCUAAUCAUUUGUCUGCAGAGAGGCAGAGUCUCUGAAAGCCAGUGACAACAAGCCCUCUUUGAUCAUCGUGCACUGCAGUUCAAAGAGUUAGGCACGCUGGUUAUUAACCUUAUUUGGGUUGUAAAUAAAACUAUACUUCCAUAACAGCCAUCAAUUACAGGUACAGCAAUCUGUAUGUGUAGAAAGCACCAAAGGCAUUUUGCUCACUCUGAGUAUAAUGACAAAGAAUAUAAAUGGCUUAUAUUUUAGAUUCUUUUUACAGUCUAAUUGCACACAAAUCUGAGUGAGUAAUGUAUUCCUGUAAUAGAGAACAAGCUGACUUUUAGGACCUUCAUUAGCAUCUACUUGCUUCACACUCUGCAAAGAUUCAUGUAUUCAAACCGAUUGCUUUUGCCUGGGAGGGCUGAUGUGCAAGACCUGUUAGAUGGCAAAUGGACAACUGUAAAAGCAUUUUGUAGAUGUUUGUCAUAAUGGUACAAGUGACAGCAAACCAAUUAAACCUGCUGGUUUAAAUGAAUGCAAACCUACUGUAAAAAUCAUACUUUAUGUAUUUGGAGGACUUCAUUUGUAGCUCACAUCUAAGUGCUGCACUGUGUAAAAAUCAUUUCAUAAUCUGCUCUAAUAGCUCUUCUGUAGAUUUGGCUGUGGGGAAUCACAGGAGAAAGAAACUCCCAGCAACCCUAAAUUGGACAAGUGGAAGAGGA